AUGAAAGAAUACUCUACACAAACUAUUGGUGAAAAGUACUCUAAAGAUUACACUGUUUACAUCACUCAUAACAAUAAAAGAAUAUCUCCAUUCCAUUAUAUUGAUAUCCAUCAACAUCCAUCAGAGGAUGUUGUUACAAUUGUAAAUGAAAUACCUAGAUUUGAAAAUGGUAAAUUUGAAAUAAACAAAGGAGUAAGUUUAAAUCCAAUAAAACAAGAUAUUAAAAAAGGAAAAGUAAGAUUUGUUAAAAAUAUUUUCCCUUUUAAUGGAUAUAUGUGGAACUACGGUGCCAUACCACAAACAUGGGAAGACAAGGACGUUGAAUGUGGGUACACAUUUCAGAAAGGAGACAACGAUCCUUUAGAUGUUUUAGACAUCAGUUCAAUAAGAAAAGAAAUAGGAGAAGUUUAUCAAGGUAAAAUAUUAGGAUGCUUGGCUAUGGUUGAUGAUGGUGAAUGUGAUUGGAAAAUAAUGGUAAUAGAUAUUAAAGAUCCUCUUUCAGAAAAAAUUAACACAAAAAAAGACAUUGAAGAGUAUUUUCCCAAAUAUAUUGAAAAUACGAUAUAUUGGCUUAAAAAUUACAAAGUGCCUGAUGGAAAACCAGAAAAUGAAUUUGGACUACAUGGGGACUUUAUGGAUAAAUAUUUUGCACUGGAAGUAAUAAAUAGUGCACAUGAUUUUUGGAAAGAGCUUAUGGAUAAAAAACAUGUACCUGAAAUUAAAUACGAAGUGGAAGACGAAAACGAAAUUGAGACUGACAAAAAAGUUACAAAACCUUUUGAUUUUACGGAAGGCUACUAUUUUUUAAAAAAAUAA